AUGGGGCAGAUGACGUCCAGACGGCGGCCUCAGAGCGAUCUCCCUCGGGUUCUCUUUUCCCCCGACGAGGGCCCCCCGCGGUACUCCUCCCACCACUUCAACGACCCGCCCACCAUCACCGUGUCCGAAAUCGACGCAAACAGUCUAUUGGAGCAGCCAGACUCGAGGAUGGAGCUGAGGAGAGGUUCCAUCUACAGCACCAUGGACCUGGCCCCGCAGCUGGAGCACUACGCCAGCUCUCUGCCCCGACAGAGCCACAGCCGCCCCAGUCUGGAAGCCCUGCGCAAGGCCUACGAGAAUGGAGAGCUGGGAAUGGAAGCCACGAACGCCCAGGCAGAAGUGGACAGUCUACUCCUUGCAGAGGACGAAGCUCCAGACAGCAGCAGCGAAAAGGCCCCAGUGCGUUUUGGCUGGAUCAUCGGGGUCAUGGUCCGGUGCAUGCUGAACAUUUGGGGUGUGAUCUUGUUUCUGCGUCUGUCCUGGAUCACCUCUCAGGCUGGAAUCUUGCUGACUUGGCUGAUUAUCUUGAUGUCCUCUGUCGUAACCACUGUAACCGCUCUUUCUGUCUCCGCCAUCGCCACCAACGGGAGGGUCAUCUCUGGCGGGGCAUACUUCAUGAUCUCUCGCUCCCUCGGCCCAGAGAUCGGGGGUCCUAUAGGGAUGGUCUUCUCUUUUGCGAACGCUUUGGCCUGUGCCCUGAACACUGUGGGCUUUGCAGAGGUGGUGCGGGAUCUCCUCAAGGACUUUGACAUGGUGAUAGUGGAUGAUGUGAAUGAUGUGCGUAUUGUGGGCGUGGUCACAGUGACGGCUCUGCUCAUUAUCUCAUUGGCAGGAAUGGAGUGGGAGUCCAAAGCCCAAAUUUUGUUCUUCAUGGUUUUGUUGGUGUCAUUUUCCAACUACUUUGUGGGCACGUUCCUCCCAGCGCCGAAGCAGAAACAGGCCCUGGGGAUCUUCAGUUAUCAGACGGACAUCUUUGUUACAAACCUGCUGCCGAACUGGAGAGGACCAGAGGGAAACUUCUUCCAAAUGUUCGCCAUUUUUUUCCCAUCAGCGACCGGCAUUCUGUCUGGAGUCAACAUCUGUGGGGAUUUGAAGGACCCCAUGUCUGCUAUUCCCAAAGGCACUCUGAUGGCCAUCUUCUGGACUACAUUCAGCUAUCUCCUUAUUGCUGUAACCGCUGCUGCCUGCACAGUGCGUGACGCCUCUGGGAAUGUGACGGACUUCAUGACGACAAACAGCACCGACGGCUGCGUGGGUUUGGCUUGUAAAUACGGAUGGAACUUCACCGAAUGCAUUCAGUCCCAGUCCUGUAAAUACGGACUGGCCAACAGCUCUAAGGUGCUGGGACAGCUUUCUGGCUUUUAUUACCUCAUCACUGCCGGGGUUUUUGCUGCCAGUUUAUCGUCUGCUCUUGGUUUCCUCGUGUCCGCCCCAAAGGUUUUCCAGUGUCUGUGCAAGGACAACCUCUACCCGUACAUUGGGUUCUUUGCAAAAGGUUACGGCAAAAACAACGAGCCUCUUCGAGCUUAUCUGCUGUGUUUUGUCAUCGCCGUGGGAUUCAUUUUAAUUGCCGAGCUCAACACCAUCGCUGCUUUGAUUUCAAACUUUUUCCUCUGUUCUUAUGGACUCAUCAACUUCAGCUGCUUCCAUGCCUCCAUCACAAACUCCCCUGGUUGGCGGCCGGCGUUCCAUUACUACAGUAAGUGGACGGCGUUGUUCGGGGCGGUCAUCUCUGUGGUGCUGAUGUUCCUCUUCACUUGGCGGGCCGCGCUCGUCACCUUUGGAAUCAUUCUCUUUCUCUUCGGAUACGUCAACUACAACAAGCCCACUGGCACUUACAACAUGGCUCUGUCGUACUCCAUCUCCUUGUCUGGAGUGGAAGACCAUGUCAAGAACUUUAGGCCACAGUGCCUGGUGUUAACCGGACCUCCAAAUCAGCGGCCUGCUCUGGUGGACUUUGUCGGCUCCUUUACUAAACACAUCAGCCUCAUGAUCUGUGGGGACAUCAUUAUGGAGCAGGACAGACAGAGCCGCGCCCCUGAUGCCACUGACUGGCUGGUGAAGUGGCUGCACCAGAGGAAGGUGCGCUCGUUUUACACACCCUUCAACAGCGACUGUCUCAGAGUUGGGGCGCGAUACUUACUGCAGGUGUCUGGACUCGGAAAGCUCAAACCAAAUACACUCGUACUGGGAUUUAAGUCCAACUGGAGGGAGAGUUCUCCAGACAGCAUUGAAGACUAUAUCAACACUAUUUAUGACACUUUCGACUCAAAUUACUGUCUGUGCAUCUUAAGGAUGAUGGACGGGAAGGAUGUUUUGGACCAGUUUGACUCUGAAGCAGACAACGUGUCAGACAGAGGCUGUAGUGAUCAGGUCAAAACCAUUUUCCAAAACGACCAGGGAAAGAAAACCAUUGACGUGUAUUGGAUCGCUGACGAUGGAGGUCUGACUCUGCUGGUGCCGUAUCUGCUGACGAGGAGGAAGGGAUGGCGCCACAGCAAAGUCAGAGUUUUCAUUGUGGGAAACGAGCACAACAUGGAGGACGGACGCAACGAGAUGUUGGCUCUGUUGAAGCAGUUUCGUCUGGAUUUCAAUGACGUUAUUGUGAUGACGGACAGUGAAAAGCGCCCACAAGCAAAAAACCUGAACCGGUUUGUGAAGAGUGUGGCCCCCUUCAGGCUGUAUGAUGAACAGCAGGACGGAGUGUCACUGCAGGAGCAGCGGCAGGAAUACCCAUGGAAAAUAUCUGACAAGGAGUUUGAGGUUUUCAAAUUUAAGUCGGAGAGAAAAGUCCGGUUGAAUGAAAUCAUAAGGGAGAAUUCUCAGCUCGCUGCUCUUGUUCUUGUGAGCCUCCCGGUCCCUCAGAGCGACUGUCCCAGUGCGCUCUACAUGUCCUGGAUCGACACUCUGACCUGCGGCCUGCACUGCCCCGCUGUGCUCAUCCGGGGAAACCAGCAGAACGUUCUGACCUUCUACUGCCAGUGA